AUGAGGGCUGGUGUUGAUAUCUUUGCUCUUGACUAUGAUGCUAUUAUUGCUGCCAUGUAUGCAUUGACUGUUAGUGCCGAGGGAGACUGUUACUUGUGUGUGCCGCCUGACCCAGGUAUAGAGCCUGCUGCCCUGGGUACUAGUGAGUCUGCUCUCUCUGGUAUGGUGCCCCCGGUACUUGCUCCCUCCAGUGCUGUCCCGGCUGUUUGCGAGUCUGCUCUCUCAGGUACAGCACCCACAGAGACUGCUCUCUCAGGUACCGCACCGGCUGAGGCCUGUCACACCUUCACCCUUGACUCAGGUGCUUCCCGCUGUUUCUUUCGUGACAGUACUGAGCUCACACCGCUUCCUGCACCGGUUCCAGUCUCCUUGGCUGACCCCUCUGGGGGCCCAGUCCUUGCCCAGUCCACCACUGUGCUCCCUUGUCCGGCGGUUCCGUCUGGCUCGUUGUCGGGUUUCCACCUCCCCUCGUUCUCGACGAACCUGGUGAGCAACGCUGUCAUCCAGGAUCAGUGGGUUGACACCUUCACCCCAGGAGGACAGCGUGUGGCGAUCUGCACGUGCUCCAGGACCGGCCGUCACCUGGCUACGUUUACCCGUCGGCCGGGGUCGAGUCUCUACACACUGACCACUGCGUCUCCUCAGGUCGCUGCUGUCGGUCAGGUGUCCGCGUCAGGUCUAGUGGCCCACGCCUGUGAGUGUCGUUCCCUGUCGCACCAGACCCUUCUCUGGCACCAUCGCCUGGGUCACCCCUCCCUACCACGCCUCCGUGGCAUGCACCGUCGCCACCUUGUGUCUGGUCUUCCCAGGUCCCUCCCUCCCCUCCCUGCCUCGCCUGCACCGCCUUGCCUUCCUUGCGUCGAGGGGCGGCAGCGCGCCGCUCCUCACUCCUCCUCGUUCCCCCCGACAGAGGCUCCUCUGCAGACCCUCCACCUGGACGUGUGGGGCCCAGCCCGCGUUCGUGGCCAGGGCGGUGAGCGGUAUUUUUUGCUGGUUGUCGACGACUACUCGCGUUACACCAUGGUCUUCCCCUUGCGCACCAAGGGUGAGGUCCCUGCUGUUCUGAUCCCUUGGAUCCGCGCAGUUCGUCUCCAGCUCCGCCGCCGUUUCCGGACGGAUCUUCCUGUCCUGCGUCUGCACUCUGACAGAGGUGGUGAGUUUUCCUCCGACCUCUUGAGGGCCUUCUGUCAGGAGGAGGGCAUCGAGCAGACCUUCACGCUUCCGGACUCCCCACAGCAGAAUGGGGUUGCUGAGCGCCGCAUUGGCCUGGUCAUGGAGGUCGCUCGUACCUCCUUGGUCCACGCGGCGGCUCCCCAUUUUCUGUGGCCGUUUGCUGUCCGGUACGCCGCGCAUCAGCUCAACCUCUGGCCCCGUGUCUCCUUGCCGGAGACCUCGCCCACACUGCGUUGGACGGGGGAGGUUGGCGAUGCGUCGCGCUUCCGGGUGUGGGGUGCUCGUGCCCUUGUCCGCGAUACGUCCGCGGACAAGCUCUCCUCCCGCACACUUCCCUGUGUCUUCCUUGGCUUUGUCCCUGACGCGCCGGGCUGGCAGUUUUACCACCCCACCUCGCGCCGGGUCUUCGCCUCUCAGGACGUCACCUUUGACGAGUCGGUCCCUUUUUACCGUCUCUUCCCCUACCGCACUGCCCCCCUCCCUCCCCCGCCGCUUUUCCUUGCUCCUGGUCCCCCUCCGGUAGACCCCCUUCCCCCUCAGGGUCCUGCUCCUUCAGGUGUCUCUCAGGUAGACCCUCCUCCCGUCACUGAGCCUGUCGAGGUCACAGGUGACUCAGGUGCUGCUGCAGGUGGUGCUGCUGGGAGUGCUGAGCCUGGGGGUGCUGAGCCUGCGGGUGCUGGGCCUGGGAGUGCUGGGACUGCGGGUGCUGGAGCUGAGGGUACUGUGCCUGGGAGUUCGGCGCCUGGGGGUGCUGAGCCUGGGGGUGCUACGACUGGGGGUGCUGAGCCUGCGUGUACGGAGUCUGGGGGUGCCGAGCCUGGGGGUGCUGCUACUGAGCCUACGGAGCCUGGGGGUGCUGCGACUGGGGGUACUGGGGGUACUGAGCCUGGGGGUGCUGCUGCUGAGCCUACGGAGCCUCGGGUUGCUGCGUCUGGGGGUGCUCCGGUCCGGGUGCUGAGCAGUCUCUCACACCGCAGCAGCUUCGUGACUG